AGAGGAUGAUUGGAAGGAAUUUGAGCAAAAGGAAGAAAUUGAUUAUAGUGGUCUUCGAGUUCAGUCCAUGCAAAUAAGUGAAAAAGAUGACGACGAUGACGUAAAUGAAAAAAGAGAAGAACCUGGGGACAACUGGGAGGAAGCUGGAGGUGGUGCAGACAARUCAUCUGGUCCUUGGAACAAGUCAGCUCCUGCACCAGCACCUGUUGUUGAACCAAUUGUUACAGAAGCGCCAGAGCCAGUGCAGACUGGUGGUGUGUACAGGCCGCCUGGUGCCAGGGAGGGCAGGCCACGGAGAGCACAGCAAGGACCACCAGAAAUCUAUAGUGACACGCAGUUUCCAUCGCUGCAGUCCACUGCCAAGCUUGUAGACAGUCGAAAGGAUAAAGAAAUGGAGAAGAGCUUUGAAGUAGUAAAACACAAAACUAGAGGUAGGGAUGAGGUUUCAAAAAACCAGGCACUAAAACUUCAGCUAGACAACCAGUAUGCUGUGCUUGGGGAUCAGUAGAGCUGCAUACACAUUGCAAUUAAGGAAUGCUUUUUUGGUAACCCUUCUACUAAGGUAACUAAACUACAGCUAACGGCUCUGAUGCCACCUUUUUUCUGCUGGAUCUACUGCAGCGAGUGCAGACUGCUUUGACGUAAGUGAUUGGUCCUCCUGCAAUAUGGAAGCAUAACAUGUUGCAACUUCUCCAUUGGAUAUGGGGCAAAUUAAUGUAAAAGAUUGAACAAGAGUCAUCAGUGUUCUUUAAUUGCUCAGAGAGAUACCUGCAGCCAGUGGUCAUUUCAAAAUCUUUUUAUGUUCAGAUACUGAGCCUUCGUAAAGGUUGACUACCUCAGACUUGCUGCACUCAUUGUGGACACCAUGUGGAUCACAACUUCUGGAAGAGAAGGUUACAGCUGUUUUAGUGGCCACCUGAAACUUGAAACCAGCUCUCCUGGAUUCCUGUCAGAAAUCCUGCAGAAGUCAGCCAUUUGGUUCCAAUUUGCUAUAACAAAGAUUUAAGUGACCUUAAUGAGAGAAACCUAUUCUGUUCCCCUUCUGAGGAAUCCUGUUACGUGUAGCCAUAGCCUGCUAGAGACUUCUGGAAGAUACCAUACCACUCAUACUACCCGAGCAUAACAGAGCUGUAGUUUGUUUACCUUUUUAGAUCGCUGUACUGAGGUAACUGCAAAACAAAUUAAAACUCAUUCAGAAGCAGAUUUGAGGAAUGAUGGGUUUGAAUGGUCUGUUUGAAUUAGCCAUUUUCACAGUUGUUUGUUUAAGCAUUUUUGUUUUCCUGAAAAAAAAAAAUGCCUUCCUCGUUUCUGGUAUCAAAUAGCAGCAUAUUUAAGUAACAAUGUGAGAUGUUAUAGUGAAAUAAGGUUUCUUUUGUUUUUUUUUUAUAUUUUUUUUCUUUUUUGGUCCUGAGGUUGGUCUUUCUCACCCUAAAGCACUAAGAUAUAUAGAGCUUUCAUUUGACACAGAUAUCCAGACUCUUGACUAUAGUGUUCAGAACUUACCUUGUGAGAUACAUGGCAGUAGCAAUACUAGAUAAAGUUUCUCCUCUGUUAAAAACAUGCGUGUUUAUUUGAAGAACAGUGGUUACUUUAUGACCAAAAUGACUUAUUGUGCAGAAGGAUGACUAAAGCUUGGUGAGCCUUGUUUGUUUGGCUACUCCUGUGAAGCAUGCGAGCCACGGCAGAAAUCCCCCCAAACUCCCAAAUGGUAUUUUUUCAAAGUCAGGAAUACUAGUAAUAAUGGGAGGGCAGUGACUUUAAAAGUUUUUCUGACUUCAUCUAGGGGAAGUAGGCAAAAUGGCACUUACUGAGAGUAGAGGACGUUGCCCAUGGCUUUGAUUCAGUGAACAAAACCUGCCAAGUACCAGAAGUGUCUGCUGUAACUCUUUUUCUCUUCUCUAAGCUCUUACACCAGAAGCAAAACAAAGCGGUGUGCUCCAGUGUUGAGGUUUCUCAGAGUAAAUGCCAAAAAAAAAGAAAAAGACUCGCUCUAUAAGAGCUGCCAAUGGCAAGAAAACCAAGGGAACAAAACCUUUGCUUGCUUGUGUGGGAGAAGCGCGUCCCCGGCCGGAGCAGCCGAGGGCAGGAGUGGCCAGUUGGCUUCCUCGUGACUAACUGCUGACUCGCCUCGCGCUUCUCUCAGGCCAGGGGCAAUGUUGCUGUUGACUUCAGUGAGCCCAGGGUCUUCCCUGGCUCUCUGUGCAGAGGCUAGAACUGGCCUUGCCCUUGCAGAGUUACCCGGCUAUUAACAACUUCUCCUAGAAGCUGCUAUUAAAUAGAGGGCUCAAGAGACUGUCCUUAAAGUUGGAGACUUCUUUUCUGGAAACAAAACCCCACUGCAAGACUGAUAACAAUACUGUUGGACUCUGAGCCACGCAUCUUCCUCGAAAACACAUUGUUGCCAGCAAAGCUGUUGGUUUGUCAGUAAAGAUUUCUGUGGAGUUCAUGGUAAAUGGACAUGUCACUUGGUGGUGURGUAGGAAUGUGAAAUCUUCAACACUUUUCCUGAUGUUUAAAGAGAUUGAAAUUGUCAAUGCACAUGAAUCAAGGUUUAAUCUACUGUAUGAAGGGUAGAUGAGACUGUCCAUUGUACCUUCUUUGAUUCUUUGGGGGCAUGACUUCUGGCAGUUCAAGAAAACCCUGUAACAGUUGCAAAUCAAAUAAAAUGGAAAAUAUACAUGGAUCCUGCAGUGUAAUGAAUCUUUAGUUCUAGGUUAUGAGCAUGCAAAAGCUGAGUAAAUGCAGAGUAUUUGCAUCUCUUAAGGGUAGACCAAGCCGUGGGUAGUCAGCCUUAUGGUCAGGUGGGCUGUAUUUAACAGCCGACAGCAGCGCACAUUAAUAGGACUUCUGUGGAAGAACAUGUAGUUUAUUACCUGUCAGCUUGUCUUCAUAGCACUGGAACUGUGUAAGGCUGUUUGGAGUCUGACUUUUGAAUAUGAAUGACAUUUUAAUUUGCUUUCCACUGAAAGUAGCUCUCCUGAAUUACAGGGUGAGGAACUCUGGAGUAGGGUUACUGCUGUCCAUUAGC